AGCUGGCACCGAGUAAGUGGUUUUCCGUUUAUUAGGCGAGUGCAACGCUUGGUUAAACCGGAUCGUUGUUGUUGUCAAUUAUGAACUAACUGGCAGCGAUGUAGUCUGCAUGUUCUGAUAGCAUGGCAGAAGCGCCGAUUGGGCUUCGGAUGACACCAGACAGGACAAACAGAUCUUCAGCCCAGGUGAUGCUCUGAGUUUUCAUCACAUGGAAAAAACAGACGAUUCAACAACAGGUGUUACAAGCCCCGAUUGCUCAACGGUUAUUUUGUGUUCAUCAUCAAAGGGUCUCUCAAGUUAGAGGCUUACUUGUCAACACGUCAAACAGUUCAGGAAACAGUGGUUCGUCUCACAUCCAACAGUUCCACGGUGGUGACAAACCAGUAGUCACCUCCGAAGGACGCUUGCACCCAGGCUAUCAAGAUAGGUUGUACAAUGGGCGGUGGCCACUCCACUAGAAAGGCUUCCUUUGAUGCGAAUGGUGAAGUAAACUUUGACCAUUUCCAAAUUCUGCGAGCCAUUGGCAAGGGAAGCUUUGGAAAGGUAUGCAUUGUGCAGAAGAAAGACACCAAAAAGAUGUUCGCCAUGAAGUAUAUGAACAAGAGCAUGUGCAUAGAGAAGGAUGCCAUUCGGAACGUGUUCCGCGAAGUGGAGUUGUUAAUGAUCCUGGAUCACCCAUUCCUCGUCAACCUGUGGUUCACCUUUCAUGACGAGGAGGACAUGUUCAUGGUGGUUGACCUGUUGCUAGGCGGGGACCUUAGAUACCAUAUCCAGCAGGAGCUGAAGUUUGAGGAACCCCGUGUCAAGCUGUACAUCUGCGAGAUUGCCCUGGCACUGGAGUACCUGCAGAGUAAACAUAUUGUCCACAGGGACAUAAAGCCAGAUAAUAUCCUGCUGGAUGAAGAAGGUCACGUUCACAUCACGGAUUUUAACAUCGCCGCUGUUCUGCCCGAAGGACAAUUAGCCACUUCGUUGUCCGGAACCAAACCUUAUAUGGCCCCUGAGGUGUUUGCCUGCGCCCUGGACGAGUGCCCGGGGUACAGCUACCCAGUGGACUGGUGGUCAUUAGGGGUCUGUGCCUACGAGAUGCUCCGGGGUCGGCGCCCGUAUGAUGUUCACUCGGGUACUGGUAUUAGUGACAUGAAGUACGUCUUUGGGAGCAUCAAGAGUAACUUCCCUUCUAGCUGGGAUGAGGAUGUGAAAGAUGUGCUCAAACAGCUACUGACAGUGGACCCUCAAAAGAGAAUGUCACAGUUGGAACAGCUGAAGAACCACAAAUAUAUGAGCGAUGUUAACUUUGAUGCUGUCUACAGACAGGAAAUCAAGCCAGCUUUUGUGCCUUCUAAAGAACAUUUAAACUGUGACCCCACAUUUGAACUGGAAGAGAUGAUUAUAGAGGCGAAACCUUUGCACAAGAAGAAGAAACGUUUGGCAAAGCAGAACUCCAAGAGAGAGCACAGCAUACAGAACUCCUCAACAGAACAGGAUCCUAUGCAAGCAUGUCUGGAGAACAUAGAAAAAGAGUUCAGGCCCUACAACAGAGAGCAAGAGUUUAGAAAUAAAUCCAAACAGGAAAAUGAAGAAAGUGAACUAGUUGACAAGGAAUUCUGUAGGACUCCAACUAAAUCUUCCUCGACCAAUGGAAAUGAGGCAGUAACGGAACUGAGAAAAACAGAAAGUUCUUUACAGUCAACAAAUAAUAGGCCUGCUAAGGAAAGUUGACCUACUCGUGGCGAUUCAGCUUGCUCACUUCGACACUUGUACAUAUCUAUUUUAAAGGAGGUUUCCUCAGUAUACUCAAAUUUGUUUAUGUGUACAAGGAGGUGUAUGUGUAUAUACAUACUGUAUGCCAUAUUUCGCUGCAAUAUUUUGUCUCUAACUACUGAAAUACUAAAACUUAUAUUAAGUUCACAUGUGCUAAAAUGCCAUGGCAUUCUAUUUGUUUUGUUCUGUUUGUUUUUUUCUUUUUGAUUUUUUUUUCUUUGCUAAGGUGAAAGUCAGGAAGCUAUGAAGUUAUUUGCAAUAUUUUGCCUUUGUAUCAGUUUGCACCUUUGUUAUGAUUGUUAUUAAGGGAAAUCGUUUUCUCAGAAACGUUUUUUUUUUUUUAUUGGAUUAAUUCAGGACAAUAAUUUAAAACAGUACUGAGUUUCCUGUGUUUGUUUAAUAUGAUGUAUAUGGCAUACUCUUCAAAGUCUAUACAUUUUUUUUAAACCUAUGAUGGGUUUAUGUUAUACUACUACCAUAAAUAAGAUGAAAUAGACAUGAAUUCAGUUCAUCCACAUACUCCAUCUGGACUGAUAUUUCUUUUUUACUGUCUGUGAAGUUUUAUCACUGAACUGUCAAUUCUUACAUAAUUUUCGAGAAGGCUGUGAGUGAAAGAAAAAAAAGAGCCUGACAUUUAUGUCUGAGCGAUAACUUGUUAAAGAACUGUUUGUUUUUAAUCUUGCUAUGAACGAAACAGCUAUUGUAUUAACUAUGUACUGAUGCUUUUUGUGCCUCGACACUUGAAACUAAAAAAAAAAACACAUGGCACAAAACUCAUUCUCCCUUUUAUCACUAGUAUUCUAGUUUUAGCAUUUACUGUCCACAUAUGGGUUUUCUUCAGAUUUUGUGAUCAGAUUUAGGAGCCAAACAUUUCAAAUACUCUUGAGAAGAGCCUGGGACUGGUUUGUCUGUUUUCAAUGUUGCCUUAAACCCUUGACCUGUUUGUGAUGUUAACUGGUUCUCAUGUAAGAAAUUGUGAAAACUUCUGUCACAGAAUCUUUCCAUAAAUGAACCAAAGGGUAUUUACAUCUGUACACCAUCAUGAAGUUAUUUACUAAGUUCCGGAUGAUUUCUGGAAAGCUUUGAUUUUCUUAAGCAAAUGCUUUAUGAUGUUUAUGAUGCUUUAUGUUUUUAUUACAUGUACAAAGAGAUUGCUACAUGGACUUCCUUCAUGUAUUGUGACAGACAUUUAGUAUAUUCAGUAGGCAUUACAGAUUUCCAACAGCAACCAUUAUUAGAGCCAGAUUUAAUUUCAGAAAUGUGCAGUACAUGAUCUAAGAAUUGGUUUAAAGCCUGAAACUUGAAGACAUUUUCCCACUCAAUGGCAUAUUUUAUUGGCACAUGCAAUGUUUUCCGCGCUCCUUGGAUGGUAUUAUAUUUAUGCAUGUAUAUUGCACAAUGUGACAGUCAUUUAUCUUUUUCUGUGAUGUACAUUUUAAGUACUUUGAUGUGGAUUACCCAAACCUUUUUUAUUUGGUGUGAAUACUCAACAUGCCUUUAAUGAGGACUUGUGCGUUUUAUUUUGGGGGUUUUAUUCUAGACUGAUUUUUUUUUAGGUUUCUUUUGUAAAUAAUACCUCACCCUUAUAGAGUUAUGACAGUGGCAUAAACAGUUGGUAUAUAUAGACCAUCAUGGAGUCAGUUAAUGUGCAAUCUAGUUGUCACCAAAGUUUGUAUUGACUUGCAAAAUAUCCAUGUAUCAUGUGAAUGUGGAUUGCCAUUUUAUACUCUAGGGUCCAGUGUCUAGAUUUUAUAAUAGUGCUGAAAUGGAAAUUUUUAAACCUGUUCUUCGCAAAGAACUUACUUGUUCAUUAUUCCAUAAAGUGCUAGUUUGAGGUGCUUCUUUCUGUAUUGUCUUAAUGUGGCAUGAUCUAUAUUAAUUUACACAAAGUCAUUUACAAGAUGUGAAAUGUUUAUCUUGUCUUAUUUUUGCUUCUUGGUUGGCAGUGACAGCAUUGCAUAGUUUCUUAACUAAAUAUUUCAUCUGAAGGAAUUACUUGUAAUGUAUCUUAUGUAGUAUUUUAACAAGGGACGUGAAAUUUUACAUAUACAUAUGUAGUCACCCACAAAUGAUCCAUGUAAGAUUUCUAAGGCUUCAUGGCGUUUGUUCUACAUUUAUAAUACAAGUUGAUAGUAUGCAUUUAGCUUCUUUGGUUUCUGAUCAUUGCGUUUCAGUAGGUGUCAUUACUACACGUGUUUAAAGUUUCCAUCAUUUUUUACUGUCCUUUACAUCUGUUCUGUCCUUUACAUUUGUUGUGUCCUUUACAUCUGUUCUGUCCUUUACGUCUGUUACAUCUGUUCUGUCCUUUACGUCUGUUACAUCUGUUCUGUCCUUUACGUCUGUUACAUCUGUUCUGUCCUUUACGUCUGUUAUAUCCUUUACGUCUGUUAAUCUUUCAACAUGUGAAAUAGCUGGACUUGGACUCAAUUUUGUACAGUGUGUUUUGUGACAAAACACAUAUUACUCUUGUUUUAGGUUAUCCAAUUUACAUUUGAACUUUUAAGACCAUUAACGUUUAUUAAUGUGUGAAUAUUUUGUGCAAAUGUAUUUUGUGGAAAGUACACGCACAAGGUUUUAUCUACCAGAGACAUCUUUUAUCCCAUCAGCUUUAGUUCUGUUGUAUUAUAUUUGUAUCUUGUGUAAGUCAUGCUGUAAUACGCAGGUUUUACAACUGUUAAGUUUCAUCGAGUAUGGUGACAUUGAUAAUAAAUAAAAUCAGUAUUUAUAGUAAA